CAAUAUGUGAGUUUGGGUAGACCAAGAAAGGAAAGGACAGUGGACACGCAGCUUCUUCUCCUUUUCUUCUUCUUCUCCUCCUGUUUUUCCGCGUGAGCUUUAAGCGGCAGAAAGCCCAGAACCAGGCAUUCUUGGGAUUAGCCUCCUACCCACUGCUUAUUUAACAACCUUGCUCGGCGACUCGGCGUUCCGAUUUCCGACGCCUCUCUCUCUCUCUCUGCUUCCAUAUACGAGAGUAAGACCGAAAAAGAGAUGGGAGGGAUUUUUAGUUCGAGCAGAAGGAGAGGAGACGAAGGCGAAGACAAAGGCGAAGACGAGUUCGAGACGGCGCUAUCAAAGGCAAAGAAACUCGUUUCAUCCACUCCCGUCGUCAUCUUCAGUAAGACCUACUGUGUUUAUUGCCAGAGGGUUAAGAAGUUGCUUUCACAGCUAGGAGCAAGUCACAAGGUCAUAGAAUUGGAUGUGGAAAGAGAUGGAGGUGAAAUUCAGUCAGCGCUGGCAGAGUGGGCUGGACAGAGGACUGUCCCCAAUGUGUUCAUCGGUGGAAAUCACAUCGGCGGCUGUGACAUGGUCAUGGCAAAGCACAAGGAAGGGAAGCUCUUAUCUUUGCUUACGGAUGCUGGUGCGAUCGGUAAUAAGUCCUCUCAUAUGUAAAUGAAUUAAAGCGAGGAGUUACUGUAGUACUACAUUUGGUUCCGCAUUCGUGUACAACUUUUCUUCUGAUACAAUUAUAACAAACCUACUUAGAGUUUGUGAAAUUGUCUUUCCAUUAUUUGGCAGGGAGUGAUUUGGGCAGAUACUUUGGACUUAUUUGUCAUAACUUUCUUUGUCUUAA